AUGCAUCAUCACAGCCAUCUCCCGGGGCGUCCAUGCUUGCAUUGCCAUCCACACACCUACAUUAGGAUGGUUCAACAUCUUAUCGAGAAAUGUUUACUCUUUCACAUGAGUCGUGAUCAGUGCAUAAAGGCCUUAGCACGGCAUGCAAAUAUUACACCACUCGUUACACUUACAGUUUGGAGAGAGCUGCAAAAAGAGAAUAGGCACUUCUUUCGGGCAUAUUUCCAUUCUAUUUCUCCCACCAGGCCUUUUAUAAGUGUAUCUAACCACAAUUUCAACAUAUAUUCAUCUACUUCAUAUCUGCUAGCUAAUGAUGAAUCCUUGUAA